AGCAGUCCGCCUCCCUACCUUCUCAUACCCAUACCCACUUGCGGUGGUAGGCCGGGUCGCAGCCGCCUAGCAUGCCCGCCCCCUCUCCAAGGGCAGUCAAGCAGUCGCCGCUCUUCCUAGGUGCCGCCUUGGCUACGGUCCUCUUCUCUAUUGUGAUCAUUAUCAUCCUCUUUGUACCUUUUGGCGAGCAGACGAUCCAUUACAACUACGUGCGAUCCACGUCGUCGAGUCUCCCCAACGGCCAGUACCUCACAGCUGGCCGAGUCUACGCGACGAGCGAAUACCUUCAGACGGUCACGUUCGGCUCUCUCGUCCACACGUACACCAGCACCGAUGUCUACCCGACCGUGGUCACAUACACGGCUGCACCAGGCUUCGAGGAUGGCAUCCCGUACGAGACGGUCACGGCCUACUCCGGUACCACCUACGACAUCUCAGGAACGGCCACUCUGACGUUCCCAUUCACCUCCUCUUAUACAGUGACCAGGUAUCCACCACGCUCGUCUAUCCCGACGGCAGCGCCUCAAUUGCUGUCGGUGAAUGGUCUGGCUCCUCGCCAGGCAACCUCGGCGAGCAGUUCUUCAUCAGCCACUCCUCUGCCAGCUACGACGACAAGCAGAGUGGCUCCCAUCAGGGCUGGCAGCCCCGUGAGCCUUUGGAUGCUCAUUCAGAGCAUCGUCUUCCUCAUCCUGGCUCUCUGGCUAGGUGUGUACCUCUUCUGGAAGACACGCAAGAUCCAGCGCGAGACAGCAUCGAGUCAAGGAGAGGGUGGGGGAGAUGUUAUGCAGCCUUUGGCUCCUCAGGAGGCUGCCGCGGCGGGCGGUCCGCGUCUACAACCUCAGACCGCCAAUUUGGGAUCGACCAACGUACCCAACGAUAAGGGCUACGUACGGGUCAGCUAUGCUCGAACCCAAUUCACCUGCCUCAUCAUCCUCGCCCUAUUGUUCCAGGUACCUCUCGGCUUGCUGGCCUAUUCGGCGUCAGCAUUCUCUGCCGCGGCUACCGCCGAAGGAGGCUACUACGGCUUCAUCGGUGGUGUCGUCGACUCGCGAGGUAAUUGGCCGUACAGCGACUCGCCGGCGGCAGGCUACGGGAGCUCUGCGAAUAGCAACGCCCUCUCAGGCUACUGCGUCAGAGAGGAUGGAAGCCCGAUGCCGACGUCGACGAGCUACUACUCGACGGGCUCCCAGCAGGUGUACAGGAACGAUCCGCGAGAUUGUCCAGGUGGCCAAGGCGCCUACACGCCAGACUUUGGCAGCAGCCCGUCCUUCGCCAAGUACGCCACUCCUGUCGUUUUGCUUCUUGUAUUCGGUUGGGUCCUGUUCAUCAGUGUCGUCGCACUCUGUGUCCUACUUUACUUGCAUCGCGGCGAAUCGCGCAAGGAAAGGAGAGAGAGGCGUAACAACGUCGUCCAGCAGAAUUUGAUGAUGGAGAUGUGGAGAGCCGGAUGGCAAGCUCAGAGCGAAGCCGCUGCAGCAGCUUCGGCGGCCAUGGCACAACAGCAACAGGGUCGUGGUCCAAUUAUGAUGUACGGCCAGCAAGGAGGAGCAAUGUGGGGUAUGCCGCGGACGAAUGCUGGUUAUGGACCGCUACCAACAACGCCGAUGAGUCAGCAGGACCAAAGCAACGGUGAGAUGCACACGGCGGCAGGACACCUGGAUCGUCCUGAGGCAAGCGCACGAUCUCCCUCUGGUCAGAGAGCGCAAGAAGAGCGAACUGUCCCGUCUCUGCCGUCUUCGACAGCAUCAGCGACAACAGCGACCCAGAAUAAAGGUAGAAGCAGGCAGCCUGUUCCGCCCCCUGAAAGAGAUGAGCACGAGCAUGCCGCCCUCAGCGGCAUUGGCAGCCGUCGCAGCGCUGGCCGAAGCGACAGCAGCAAUCACGUAGACGAGUCUCGCUGGCAAUUGGCAUCGCAAGUGGCCAAGGGCAAGGGCAAGCAGAGGGAGCGAGAUCCUGAUGUCGAGGCGGCUGAUUUAUUUUCUGUCGAUCACAUUGGAGCGAGCAAUCACGGCGAUCCGGGCUCGGCGGAAGGGCAGCGAUGGUCGAACCAUGGCUAGGGAUCAAGCGUUGGUGGCAAAGACGCAGCUUUGUGAUAGCACAUUCAAUCUGCGUCUCUGUAAUCGAAGCGUGCCGCUGAUCAUGACAGUAGCAAGCUCUAGACUAAGGCUCGUUUCUUUCAAUCUAUCUCCCAGGGUUUGGCUCACGCGCGCGUGCUAACCGACAAGAGCCGGACGUUGGCGUCACAUAGAGGGGCGCCCG